AUGUUUACAGUAAUUUUGCUACGGAGAACUCUCUCACCCUUCAUUUCUCUCUAUCUAUAUAUCUAUCUAUCUUUGCGUGCUCGUUCCUUAUCAUUGAUCUACUUCUUUUACGGAUUUCACGACCUUCUUGUCACCUUGACAAAUGUCAACGAAAAGAUCCAUCACCGAGAAAGACAGACAUUAAUUGGUCGAUUUCUUUCAUCUGUACAUCGGUACAUCAGUUUAGGAACGCUAUCUAGCGAGCUAAACCUGUUAAUAUCUAUCUAUCUAUUACAGCCCAUUAAUAUCUAUCUAUCUAUCUAUCUAUCUAUCUAUCGCAGCCUGUUAAUAUCUAUCUAUUUCAACCUCCUGUUAAUAUCUAUCUAUUUCAACCUGUUAAUAUCUAUCUAUCUAUCUAUCUAUCUAUCUAUCUAUCUAUCUAUCUAUCUAUUGCAGCCUGUUAAUAUCUAUCUAUCUAUCUAUCUAUCUAUCUAUCUAUCUAUCUAUCUAUUUCAACCUGUUAAUAUCUAUCUAUCUAUCUAUCUAUCUAUCUAUCUAUUGCAGCCUGUUAAUAUCUAUCUAUCUAUCUAUCUAUCUAUCUAUCUAUCUAUCUAUCUAUCUAUUGCAGCCUGUUAA